AUGGCUUCUGAAGAUACAUCUGUGUGGAAUAGUUUCAUUCAAUCUCUCGAUGUUGAUCCAGACAAAGCUAAAAACAUCGAGCAAUUGCCAGAAAGUCAAAAGCGGCAGCUUAUCGAGUCCUAUACAAUCAAAACAUCCAAACACUCAGCUUUUCACUAUGUAACCUUAAUCAAAGGCCUUCGUAAUUGUCGGGGCUCACUUAGCAAAUCUCGAAAAGGCAAUCUACAAACUGCACGAGAGGUCCUUAAUGCUACUGAAAUCUCUCUUCGCACUAAUAAUGUUUCAUGGGUUUAUGAGUUUCUCGACAAAGGAGGUCUUCAAGUUCUUCAAGAGUAUAUGUCGAAGACAGUCCAGAAUAUGCUCAGUAGCUCCGCUCUGCCACCAAGUAUUUGUCGACGGAGACACUGCCUUCAUAGUACUCCAAAUGUAAAUGAUGAUCAGCUCUCUUUGGAAUGCUCGAUGGAAUACGCAGACAGGGCUAGCACUGGAUCUCGUAGUCUCUUUUGUCAUCGGGGUGGAACUAGUACUUCUAACAAGAAAUCUAACUCUAGAAGUGCGAGUGUUAACAAGCGUCGGCAUUCCUCGAAUAAGGAUAAUGCAUUAGCUACAGCAAAUUACGAAAGCAUACACCUUGGUGUUAAAUGUUAUCGGGCUCUACUUAACAAUCAGCGUGGAUGUACUAUGAUCUUCGAUCAACCUGAGAGUAUAAAUACUAUUGCGCUGUGCCUGUUACAUCCUAGUUUUCAAACCAAGACACUCGUGCUGGAGUUGCUGGCAGCGGUUUGUCUAAUUGUUGGUGGCCAUGAACGAGUGAUUGCUGCAUUUGACGAAAUUUGUCGUGAAUUGGGCGAGAGUCGGCGAUUCGAGACCCUUGUGUUCUUCUUCCGCAGUCACGAACGUCUUCCAUCUGACGAUUAUUCCAUUGACUUUAUGCUGGAUGAUCACAACGAAUACAGUGGAAGGGAAUCCUGGGUCUCCCGGUAA